CGCCAUGGCCGGUAAGCCCCGCAGCGGCUGCGAGGCGCUCCGGGUGGUGGCCCGGUGCCGGCCCAUGAGCCGGCGGGAGGAGGCGGCGGGAUACGAGCGCGUCCUGGAGCUGGACGUGAAGCUGGGCCAGGUAAGCAUCCGCAACCCCCGCGCCGCCCCCGGGGAGCUGCCCAAGACCUUCACCUUCGACGCCGUGUACGACGCCAGCUCCAAGCAGGCCGACCUCUACGAUGAGACGGUGCGGCCGCUCAUCGACUCGGUGCUGCAGGGCUUCAACGGCACCGUCUUCGCCUAUGGCCAGACCGGCACCGGCAAGACCUACACCAUGCAGGGCGCCUGGGCGGAGCCCGAGAAGCGCGGCAUCAUCCCCAGCGCCUUCGAGCACAUCUUCACCCACAUCUCCCGCUCGCAGAACCAGCAGUACCUGGUGAGGGCCUCGUACCUGGAGAUCUACCAGGAGGAGAUCAGGGACCUCCUCGCCAAGGACCAGAGCAAGAAGCUGGAGCUGAAGGAGAACCCCGAGACCGGGGUGUACAUCAAGGACCUCUCCUCCUUCGUGACCAAGAACGUCAAGGAGAUCGAGCACGUGAUGAACCUGGGCAGCCAGACGCGCUCCGUGGGCAGCACCAACAUGAACGAGCACAGCUCGCGCUCCCACGCCAUCUUCCUCAUCACCAUCGAGUGCAGCGAGACGGGGCCGGACGGCGAGGAGCACAUCCGCGUGGGCAAGCUCAACCUCGUGGACCUGGCUGGCAGCGAGCGCCAGAACAAAAUGGGGGCCCACGGAGAGCGCCCCAAGGAAGCCUCCAAGAUCAACCUCUCCCUCUCGGCCCUGGGCAACGUCAUCUCGGCGCUGGUGGACGGCCGGAGCACGCACAUCCCCUACCGGGACUCCAAGCUCACCCGCCUGCUGCAGGACUCCCUCGGGGGCAACGCCAAGACAAUCAUGGUGGCCACCUUGGGCCCGGCCUCGCACAGCUAUGAUGAGAGCCUCUCCACCCUCAGGUUCGCCAACAGGGCCAAGAACAUCAAGAACAAGCCCCGGGUGAACGAGGACCCCAAGGACACCUUGCUGCGGGAGUUCCAGGAGGAGAUUGUGCGGCUGAAAGCCCAGCUGGAGAAACGCGGGAUGCUGGGCAAGAAGAGGAGGAGGAGCAGCCGGAGGAAGAAAGCGAUGGAUGGAGAGGGCACUGUGGACAAUGAAGGGGAGGAUGAGAAUGAGGAUGGCCUGGAGAAGACCAUGGAGAAUUACUUGAAGGAGCAGAAGGAGAGGCUGGAAGAGGAGAAAGCCGCUAUCCAGGAUGACCACAGCCUGGUGAGUGAGGAGAAGCAGAAGCUGCUCCAGGAGAAGGAGAAGAUGAUAGAGGACCUGCGGAAGGAGCAGGAGGCCACGGAGCUGCUGGCCAUCAAGUACAAGGCCAUGGAGAGCAAGCUGCUGAUCGGGGGCAGGACCAUCGUGGACCACACCAACGAGCAGCAGAAGAUGCUGGAGCUGAGGCGGCAGGAGAUCGCCGAGCAGAAACGCCGGGAACGCGAGAUGCAGCAGGAGAUGCUGCUGAGGGACGAGGAGACCAUGGAGCUGCGCGAGACCUACACGUCCCUGCAGCAGGAGGUGGAGAUCAAAACCAAGAAGCUCAAGAAGCUCUACGCCAAGCUGCAGGCGGUGAAGGCUGAGAUCCAGGACCAGCACGACGAGUACAUCCGCGUGCGCCAGGACCUGGAGGAGGCCCAGAACGAGCAGACGCGGGAGCUGAAGCUCAAGUAUUUGAUCAUCGAGAACUUCAUCCCUCCCGAGGAGAAGAACAAGAUCAUGAACCGCCUGUACUUCGACGGCGAUGAGGACCAGUGGAAAUUCCAGCCGCUGGUUCCGGCCGGAGGGAGCAGCUCCCAGAUGAAGAGGCGCCCGACCUCGGCCGUGGGCUACAAGAGGCCCAUCAGCCAGUACGCCAGGGUGGCCAUGGCCAGGAGGUCCCACCCCCGCUUCCGGGCUGAGAACAUCAUGUUCCUGGAGCUGGACCUGUCCCCCCCGGCCAUCUUUGAGUUUGAGCGCAGCAGGGACCCUGCGGCGGAGCAGGACCCGCGGGCGCUGCACCUGGAGCGGCUGAUGCACCUGGACAGCCUCCUGGAGCGGCCGGCGGCCUCCCGCGUGCGCAAGUCCCGCUCCUGGUGCCAGACGCCGCGGUCGCUGCCGUCCUCCACCACCCACGUGUCCCUGGCUUCCAGCUCCCCGUGCGCUGCCCCUCUGCCGGCCCAGGAGUGACCGCCUGGACGCCUCGUCCCGGACUGAGCCCCCGAGGGCCGAGGGGGGCCCGGCCCAGCGGCCCCAGCUCGUCCUUGUCCUCAGCUACUUUGUGUGUGUUUGUGCGAGACACGAACGGCCCCGGGCCAGGGCGGCUGCCCCUCCCUCCCGCCCUCUCUCUCUCCCGCCCUCCCUCUCUCCUCCCCUCCCCUUCUCCCCUCCCUCCUCCCCUUCCUCCGCCCCCCCUGAUCCGGUUCUGUCACUUUAUUUAUUUAACCUAUUUAUUUAUGGAGUGGGUGACGUGCAGAGGCAGGAUUUGUGCUCGGACUGAUGGACAUCCAGGCUGGCAGUGGGCAUCGUGCUGACCCCCCCGGGUUUGCCCAGCUCCCAGCCCUGCCCACACUGCCUGGCACAGGGCCGGGCAUGGGGACACCACCCUGGCACAGGGCUGGGCAGAGGGACAGCACCAGGACACUGCUCCAUCCUGGCAGGAGGGUCAUGGGUCCCUCUGCAGGGGCUCUGGCAGAAGCUGAGGCUGCCCUGGCCCCUGGUGCUGGAUCCCAGGGAAUUUGGAGAUUUCUGCAUGGAUUGGGAGACUUUGUGGUGGCAGUGCCUUGUCAGAGUCCCCCAGAGGGACAGUCAGCCUGCAUCGACUCUGGUGGCAGCAGGGACACCUCACCCACUGUGGGCACGGCUGGCACUGCAGGAGCACCAGCUCCAUCCACAGGGCUUGCAGAGUCACCAGACCAAGUCACCCAAAGGCCAGGGCUUUGUCCAGCUGUGCCACGCCCUGGGGACACUCUGGGGACACUGGAGACAGCCCCACCGAGGCUCCCAUCGCUGACCGUGGGUGUGCAGCUCCUGACACGGCCCGAGGUGGAAAUCUGGAAAUCUCCACCCCCUUCCAGCCCCUGCAGGGACACGCCCAGCCCGGGAGCAGCGCUGCCUGCCGAGCUGCGAGCUGCCAGAGGCUCCAUCGGCAGCUAAAGGCGACGGGGAAAUUGUGGGACAAGGAGGUGACACCCAGGGCAGCGAUGGCAUCGCUGUUCCCUGGAUAAUAGCACACGGAGGUCACCUCUGUCACCUCCUGGUUGGGACAAACUCCCUGGUGGGUUGUGGAGGAUGGAUGUGGAACGGUGAUGGGUAAGAGGGGGAAGCCACGAGGGCUCUGGGGGUUGAAUCCUGCCCCAGCAGCUGCAGGGACAGCGCUCGGUGUUCCUGCAGGACACAGCUUUAGGGUGGAGGGACACUGGUGAAGCAGCUGUGAUGUCCCUGGGAUGGUGGAGGUGGGGACAUCCCUGUGAUGGAUGAGAUCCUUGUGGAUGAGGGAGCGACCCCUGGCUCUCCUGGGUCAGGGAGGGCAGGUUGGAGAGGAUUGCAGGUGGGGAAUGUCCUCUGGCAACAGAGAAUUCCUGCUCGGGGUGGAUGAGGUUGGAAGGGACCCUGGAGCUCAUCCAGUCCCUGGAGCAGUUACUCAGGGAUGUGUCCAGGUGGGUUUGGAAUCUCCCAGGGAAGGAGACUCCAGCACUGCUCUGGGCAGGCUGCUCUUCACUGUUGGACUGGUCCCUGUCCUGCACUCAGGACAGGGGUGAGGGAGGGCGAGGGAGCAGGGCACAGGCCUGGAAUGGGGACAUCCAGAGGGAAGCAGGAGCUGUGCCGAGCUCAGAGCCAGGCAGGUCCCUCAGCAGCCGUGUCCCAUCCGCAGGUGGCUGUGCUGGGCCAUCCACUGCCCUUCCCAGCUGUCCUGACACAUCCCUGCACUGCCCAGGGGAUCCUCUCCCCUUCCAUCUAACACUGUCCUGCCUCGAGCUCCCCAUCAUUGCCCUCUGCUCCUCCCUUCCCUUUCCAUCUGUGCCCCAUAACACCCUCUGUCCCUCCAGAACCUUUGUCCCCUUCUCCCCUGGCACCUUGGCAGGAGUGACAGCUGGGUCCUUCCCCUGCUGUGGGGUCAGGGCUGGCCACAGGUACCCCCACAGCCAGGGGUGUCCCAGAGCAUCCCCCAGAGCGAGCUGGCCCUGGGAAACCAUUCCUGCCAGGCCAAGGCCAGGCUGGGCAGGGCUUAGAGCAGCCUGGGAUAGUGGAAGGUGGCCCUGCCAUGGCAGGGGUGGCACUGGAUGAGCUUUAAAGCCCCUUCCAGCCCAAACCAGUCUGGGAUUCCCUGAUUCUGUGGAACACGGUGGUUGGGAGAGCUGGUUUGUUAUUUCCUGGAAAGCAUCUGGGAGUCAGGGUCAGGAAGCACAGACUCAGAAUGAGGGGAAGCUUGGGGGCUUGCAGGAAUAGAAUUUCCUCCCUUCCUUGUUUUCUAGCAGUCCCAGUUCCCCUUCAGUGGAUCAGCAGCUCAUGGAGCCCCAAAGUGAUGAACCAGAGACCGUCUCUGGCCUCUGUUCUCACCCAGGGUGUGGGAAACAACUCAGGAGCUGAGGGUGUCCUGAUGCCCCGGGCCAUGGAUCAUCCUGGGAAGGGUGGCUGUGGUCACAGUGGGAUCCUUUGGAAGCCCUUCCAGCAGAGCUGUGGUCACGGUGGGAUCCUUUGGAAGCCCUUCCAGCAGAGCUGUGGUCACGGUGGGAUCCUUUGGAAGCCCUUCCAGCAGAGCUGUGGUCACGGUGGGAUCCUCAGGAAGCCCUUCCAGCAGAGCUGUGGUCACGGUGGGAUCCUUUGGAAGCCCUUCCAGCAGAGCUGUGGUCACGGUGGGAUCCUCAGGAAGCCCUUCCAGCAGAGCACAGGCCGGGAGCCACCAGCGCAGGGGAUGGGAUGAGGCACUUCCAGCACUCAAGGGCCGCUCCGGAGCCUCCCGAGCUCUCCCUCCUCCUCCACCCGCGGCGCUGCCGGGAGCUGUCCCCGCACACACCGGCUCGGGCUGUCGGUGCCGUUCGCUGUCCGUGUGUCCCAGCGGGGCUGUUCCUCGGGGCCAGGGGCUGGGCCGGGGCUUCCUUUUGUUGUUGUUGAACUGUUCUUUUGGGGUUCAGGUUUGGCCGUUUUUCCGCGGGGAGGGGGGUGCGGGUCUGUUGCGGGUUCAUGGACAAGGUGAGGGCCUCGAUUAGGACCAAAUUUUCGUGCCUGUUGCUCUGGUGAUUUAUUUAGAAAUCAAAAGUUUACUGUCUGGUGGCCCAUCCUUGUCACUCUAUACAUAGGACUAUACAGGACAUAUUAUAAAUAUAUAUAUAUUAUACAUAGUGUCGGGAGAGAGGCCGUUCCUGGCGGGAUGGACACUCCUCACUGUGCUGUAAUGUAGCUUCGAGCCCGCGCUGGGAGCGCCCUCCAGGAUGGCAAGGACACAAUAAAGGAAUGAGCAUCA